AUUUCUAACGAGUACAACGAUAGAGAAAACAUCAUUCGUUACUACUUAUCGAUUAGAAGAGACAGUCUGGUGACAUCAAAUCAUUAAUUUAGAAUUAUAUUGAAGGGAAAAAUAGUAAAUCAACAGUUAAUUAGCUUUUGUGAAUUGUUUAGGUUAAUUAAUUUGCUUCGAAAAAUUUCAGAAUAUAUUUCUAUUCUUUGUAUUAUCAAGUGUCAUAUCAGAGAGUGCUGAUCAUUUUUUCAUUAUUACAAAGCUGGAAUGUAUAUAAAUCCAUGGCCUAAACAGUGAUACAGGAACAAUGGAUCAAGAAAAAAAUUUUGAAGAAGAUGGACAGAGCAAGUUGAUUACACGAUCUGCAGCGAGGCAUCUUCGUCGUAAGCGAUUGAACGAGGCUCGAAGAGCAAGAAAUCAAUUUCUUUUAGAAUUUAUUAAUGGAGUUGAUGAAAAGAUUAAUCAGGAAACAGAAGCUCACUUCGAUAGUGAGAAGAAUAAAUUAACGAAAUCAAAGGCUCGUAGAUUACGUAAGAAGGAAAAAGCAAAAUUAUUGGAAACUUGUAACUGUGAUACUUCCCUUGUUUCAACUAAUCUUCUACAAUUUGAGCCAAACUGUUGUAUUAAAUCCGAAAAGAAUACUUUUGAUACUCAUAUUAAUAAUGUGCAACAUUUUGAAGAUCUUCUUGCACAAUCGUUACUAUCCUUAGGGAAUCAUAACAAAGCUGUUGGAAAAAUUGAAGAGACAAUUGAAUGUGAAUUUAAGUAUGACAAACAAGAUAAAGAUAGAUCACAGACGUACCUUACACAACUUGUUAAUGUGAAUUCAGAAGAUCCAUCAGACUCACCUCUAGCGGUUGUUUACUCGGCGUUACCUAAAUCUAAAAAUAAAGAACAGAAUCAUUGCACGAAAAAUAGUCCAGGGAUAAAAAGAUCUUAUUUAGAAUCUUGUAAUAUUAAAGUAGAUCAAUUGUCUGAUACAUUUCCAAUAUCUGAAAAACCACCUUGUAGACCAAAAUAUUUUAUAACACCUAACGCAAAAAAGGAUCAUGAAGUGGCAAGUAAGAAUAUAUCUUUGAAUAAUAAAACAUUAGAAGAAAGAGAAACAGAAAAUAUUGUUACAUCAGAGACUUGCCCAUUAAAAUAUGAUCACAAUAUAAACACUCUAGAAUCUCUUAUUGAUAAACAAAAUCCAAUAGAACCAAUUUCUAACAAGGAAUUAAUAUUAGAAAACAAGAUAAAUUUAUCAAGGAAUUUUAAUCAUACGUCGUUGGAAGAAAAAGAAGAUAUUGAUUCUUCAUCAAUAUUCCAACAAUUAUCAGAAGAAGCAUUAAAUAUUGAAACAACUUCAGAGAAUCCUAUUGUACAAAGGCAAUCUUUUGAAGAGUCUAAAGAAUCAAUUUUAUCAAUAAAUCCAACAUCAGAUAGUGUUACUUCAACAAUAAACGUACAACCAAAUAAAAUAAUGGAUUCUAAAAUGACUGGUAUAGUUAAAACGAGGGAGGAAAUAAAAGCUGAACGUGAAGCAAGAAAAGCUGCAAAAGCUGCUUCCAAGGGCAAGGGUAAAGUUGCCACUGGUACAUCUGAAAAGCAGAAUAUUCCUGUUAAAGUAGAUCAAAUUUCUAAUGACAAUAUAAAGGUAGAAACAAGUAAAGUGACAAAGUUGGAAUUGAAUAAUAUACCUAUAACCGAGAAUAAUUCAAUUAAUACUAUAGAAGAUUUUAUCAUAGAAAGUAUGAAUAUUAAAUCGGAAGGAAAAAGUAAAGCUGAAUUACGUGCUGAGAGAAGAGCUAAACAAGAGGCACAAAGAGCUGCCAAACAAGAGCAAGUUAUUGAAAGAACCAAAAUUAAAAGUAAAUGUAAUACGACUCAACCGAAACAAGUUGUAACAACUACAGUAGAAGCUACUAUAGAUGAUUCAAUGAAUAAUACCGUUAAGAAAAUAGUAAAAAGAAAUACACACGAAGUAAAUCUAUUUAAACAUUUGUAUCAUGAAAGAGAGCUUGCCUUGAAUAAUGUUCCUGUACUUAAUUCAAAAAUACAUCCAGCGAUAGUAAAACUCGGUGUACAGUAUGCUAAUAAAAUUAUUGUUGGAAGUAAUGCAAGAUGUGUAGCACUUUUGGUAGCUAUGAAGCAGCUUAUAGAAGAUUUUGAACAACCAUCAAAAACUGAUUUUGUAAGAGGUCUUGAAGCAAACUUAAAAGAAUCGGUUGCUUAUUUAAAUCAGUGUAGGCCAUUAGCUGUUUCCAUGCAAAAUGCAUUGCGCCAUUUAAAAUGGCAAAUGACUCAAUUAGUAUCUACAUCUACAGAUAUAGACGCCAAAAACAAGUUGAUGAGUUCGAUAGACACUUAUAUUUUGGAACAGAUUCAACUUGCUGAUGAAAGUAUAUCUAUAACUAUACAAACAAAAAUAUCCAAUGGAAAUGUAAUUUUAACAUAUGGAUAUUCAUCUUUAAUUCAAAAAAUUUUAAUGGAUGCAUAUGAUGCUGGAAAACAAUUUCGAGUUAUCAUUGUAGAUGGAAGACCAUGGUUGGAAGGUAAAGAACAAUUGCGACGUUUAACAAAGCAUGGAAUUGAUUGCUCAUAUGUAUUGAUUAAUGCUCUUAGUUUUGUUAUGCCAGAGGUGAGUAAAGUUUUUCUUGGAGCACAUGCUAUAUUAGCAAAUGGUGCAGUAAUGUCAAGAGUUGGUACAGCACAAGUUGCUUUAAUGGCAAGAUCUUUCAACGUUCCAGUUUUGGUAGCUUGUGAAACACACAAAUCAUGUGAACGUGUACAGACAGAUUCGAUAGUUUAUAAUGAAUUAGGUAAUGCCGAUGAAUUAAUUAGGUCCACUUAUCGCAAUACAAAAAAGUCAUUACUUCAAAAUUGGAGAACGAAAAAAUAUUUAAAUCUUCUUAAUAUUACUUAUGACGUUACACCGGCAGAUUUAGUGACAGCUGUUGUUACAGAAUUAGCCAUUUUACCAUGCACUAGUGUUCCUGUGAUUUUACGAAUUAAACCAUCAGAGAUUUAAAUGUAUUUAGAUAUAAGAAGUAUUGGUUUUAUAUCAACCAUGUUCAUUACAUGGUGAAGAAACAUUCUUCAAGUUGAAUUUCAGUGAAUUGGAAUUAAAUUUAUUCAAUGAUUAAGACAUA